AUGGCAAGGAGUUACAAAAGAGGAAAUAAAAAGCGUCUAUACUUAAAUGCUUACAGAAAAAAAAAAGGGGCUGCAGCAAAUUUACUAAAUUGACAAAAUAAAAAGAAUAUAAACAAAGAUGUUUUAAACACACCAAAACAUGUUUUCGGUGAUCACACAAAUUGUGACCAAUAUUUUUGUUCUGGCAAUAACCCAUCAGACAAUACAAUAAUUAACACUUUAAAAGAAAGUGGACUUUGGAUUCAUAUUUGUAAAGAAUUACAAAACUUUGCAGACCAAAGCUACAGCCUUAUUUAUGACGUCAGCACAAAUAUCGCAGAAAAUUUUAAUGCUGUCGUUGCAAAGUACAUAGGUGGGAAGCGUAUAUCCUACUGUUCCAGAGGGUCUUACAAUGCAAGAUGGCAUGCUGGUGUUAAAGGUGUUAAUGACGGAAGAACUUUACAUGAAAUGUUGCAAAAUAAGUUGACAGGGAAGCCAACUGGAACUUACACAAUGAAAUAUAUAAAAAAAAAGAUCAAAGAAAAUGUGAAGACGGUAAAGAGACUAAAAACCUACAAGAAGCAUGAAAAAAGAUCAAAAAAGGGCAAUAAAGAAGAAUUAGACUAUGGAUGUUCUAAUAUUUCCUAUAUUUCGCUGUUAGAAUUGGAAGAAAAAAUGCAUGAGUUUUUGAAGAAACUAGAUAAAACACAAUCAGAAAUAAACGAUUUAGAAAAAGCUACGAUAGAACAAAAUUGUGCACUUUGGUAUGCUGAACGAAGAAUGCGACUAACAGCUUCAUGGCAUGGAGCAAUAAACAAAAUGCGAGAAGACACAAAUUGCGAAAAUAAUGUCAUAAACAUAUUAUACAAACCUUUUAAGGGAAAUACAGCCACCAAGUAUGGGAAAUCCAAUGAAGAUGUAGCAACAAAAACUGUGGCUUAGAGUAUUGGGAACGACAUUAAAAAGUGUGGUCUUUUUAUUGAUAAAACCUUGCCUUUUAUUGCCUCAAGUCCGGAUGGCCUAAUAGAUGAAGAUGAUCUAUUAGAAAUAAAAUGUCCGUAUAAUAGUAAAGAUUAUACGCUACAAGAGGGAAUAGAAAAAGGGCUCAUAAAAUUUGCAGUAAUUAAACCUGAUGGAGUUAUGGAAUUGAAAAAAAAUAAUAACUGUUACUUUCAAGUACAAAGGAG